AGGCCAAUCCUCACUCACAACUACCCAGGGAGCUCUCACAUGCUUUGUAAAGAGCAUCCCCAGGAGCUCUGCCCAGAGAGAUAUGCCUCCAAACUGUGGCAGUACCGUGGCUGUGGCCACCUUGCGCAGCUGAGAGCGAAGGGCUGAAGGGUGAGGUCAGGCUGCCCACUGUGACAUCAGCAAGGAUGUCACAAUGCAGGGGAUGGUUUUAGGGCCGUCAGCAGGCAGUGCUGCUUCACUUUGGCCUGGGCCAUAGAUCAUGGCUUUGGUGUUGGUUCUCGCCUUGUUGGUGAGGGCGCUAAUUGUCAGUGGCAGUGACCAUGCGGUCAUGCUUGAGCACGUGCAGCAGCACGAGAAAGAGCAGAGGAACGGGGAGCAGAGCUGGGUGGACAUGUCGGCUCUGCUCUUUACUCUGCUGGACUACUGGAAGAUCUGGUUGUGUACGGGACUGUUUGUCUUCCUCUUUUGGAACAUGUGGCGGUCCCUAAAAAGGAAGCAGCAUGAGGAAGGGGGACAGCAGGAACGGCAAGAACUGGAGGAACAGGUGGAAGAGGUGGAACCUGAGGAACAGCAGGAGCAAGUGGAACAGGAGGAACAGCUGGAACGGGUGGAAGAGGUGGAACAGGAGGAUCAGGUGGAACAUGUGGAACAGGAGGAACAGGAGGAACGGGAGGAUCAGGGGGAACAGGUGCAGCAGGAGGAACAGGUGGAAGAGGUAGAACGGGAGGACGAGGAGGAUGAAUACUUCUAUCAUUCAGCACUGACCAGAUACAUUGCACGGCGUGCCUGGAAAAAGAUGCAAGGAAAGGCCACCAAGUGCGUGCUGGUGGAGGAGCUGAUGAGAGACCUCCUGCAGACCUACACAUUUGUCUAUUCAAACAGCUUCUACCCGGUGCUGCAGCCUGCCAUUGGGGUGGGCAGCGCCUUUGAAGGCUGGAGUCCCUGUGAGGAGGACAUUGUGUACCGCCUGCUCGUGCCCAUUAAGGCCCCCCAUGGGCACGUCUUCCACCCGGAGCUGGGUGAGGAAGGGGAGGUGCUGGCAAGGAACUCCCGCAUCCGUGUGGAGCUGGUGUGCAUGUGCACAAGGGAGCAGCAGCUGGGGGACGUGCUGUGCUUCCUCCACCACUCUGAGGAGGAGCUGAGCCAAAAUCAGCAGCCCAGCCUCCUACAGACGCUCUGCACCGGCUCCUACCUGGAUGUGCAGAAAACUGCCGCCUGGUUCAACAAGCAGGUACCAAGAACCUGGAGGCUCACGCACCGGGCACACCGUUACGGCCUUAAGGUGCUGCCCUCCAGCCGCUCCUGCAAGCUCCAGGUGACAGACACCUCCAGCGGGGAAAAAGUCCACGUUGAGCUGCUGUUCGGGGUGCAGCAAGGCAACCUGGACAUCUUCCUGAGCAGCCAGAACGCAGAGGCCGUCUUUACGCCCAGCACAACAUGGCCGCAGAGCUGCGCUGUGGCGGAAAGGAAGUACUUCGAGUACGUGGCCAGGACCGCUGGACCCAACAGCUGCCACCUCGUCUGCCUGAGGCUCUUUGCUCACAUCCUGGUGGGCAUGGGCUUUUCCAGCUACACCAUCAAGACUCUUCUCCUCCACCUCCUAGCCAUCAUCCCUUUGGAGGACUGGCGCAGGAGGCAUUUCCUGAGCCGGCUGGAGAAUCUCCUGCAAUACCUGCAAUACUGCCUGAACGACAAACUCCUGAACCACUUCCUCCUUGGCAACGCGACCAUGCCUGACGAGGUUGUCCUGCCGCAGGCCUUCCAAACAGCCAGCCCGCUCAACCUCUUUCAGCACCUGGAGCAGGACCCGGACGCCCACUCCCGGGCACUGCGUGACUUCAAGGAGCUGAAAGAUCGCCUCUUCAGACUGCUGCUGUUUGGACGCUGAAAGAGGCCUUUGUCAGAACCCUCCUUUCUUGGGCUCAAAGCUCACAUGCUGUGAGCAAUAAGACUCUGAGCUAUCUAGGAGGCCAGAGGUGGGUGUUGCCGUGUGGCAGUCAGCAUCAGGUUGUGGGCAGUUUACAUCCAAAAGGAUUUCUUUGGAGAGAGUUUGCCGGCUAAAGAUCUGGGCUGAGACCAAACGACUCCAGCUUGGUACAGGAGAUUUGGGAAUAGUACCAUUGUAUCCUGUGAGGGCAAGACGCAAGUGGGCACCUCCCUGCUCCCUCUUAUCUGCUGGCAAGGCCCAGAAGAUGGGAACAAAAGGAGUUCCUGCUAUGGUCCCAAAAGGAAGAAGCUGUCACUCCAAAGACAGCCAACUCGGCCACUCUGGACUUACAUUAAUAAGGCUGUCCUGUCCUUGGAAAAAGUCAUCCUUGUCGUCGUCAAGCCAACAACAACCUCCGACGACCCAUCUCUACUGAAGCUCAGCAUCUGAACUACGAGCUAUGCUGGAAACCCGGUGGUGGCUAAUUCUCUCUUGC